GUGCAUUUUGAUUAAAACCUAGAACUCAGAUUGAGGCCCCAAUCCCCAGCCAUCGAUCCUCCCCUCUGUGCAAGCGCCGUCGCGUCAGCCCAUCUUCCCAAUACCCCGUGCAUUUUCGCGAGCCGAUUUCAAGCCAAGUUCCUUCACGGUAGGCUUAAGUUUGGAGUAAAUGGCAUCAAAAUUGCAGCAACUGCAAUCAAAGGCUUGCCAAGCGUCACAAUUCGCUUUCAAGCACGGAUCUGCUUACUACAAGCAGUUAUUGGAGCAGAACAAGCAGUACAUUCAGGAACCACCAACGGUUGAGAAAUGCAAUCAGCUUUCAAAACAAUUGUUUUACACUCGUCUUGCCAGUAUUCCUGGUCGUUGCGAGUCAUUUUGGAAGGAACUCGACUAUGUCAAGCACAUAUGGAAGAACAGGCAGGAAUUGAAGGUUGAAGAUGCCGGUAUAGCUGCUUUAUUUGGGCUGGAAUGCUUUGCCUGGUUUUGUGCCGGCGAGAUUGUGGGAAGGGGAUUUACUUUCACCGGUUACUAUGUUUGAAAACUUCCCUUGCCAAAAUGUUUUUAGAGGUUGCAUGUCUCAAAGCCUCGUCUUUAUAUUUGCUUCAUCUAAAUUGAGGGAAUUCUACAUGCAAAUUUUUUAUUUCCCCUUUUCCAUCAUUCUGCAAAUUUUUGAACCUGAGAAAUCUGCGGGCAAUUCUGAGUCCUGACAAGCCUUAAUAAUGCAUGCUUUGAAAAGUGACGUGGAUGAAGCUUGAUGUUAAUUUGGUAUUCUCUGUUGGGAGCUAAUGCUACCAAAUCAUAAUUGGUGAUUUUAGUCCAAGAUUUAUUGCAUUGACUUGUUUAUUUUA